AUGAGAUUCCUCAGUAUUCUUCCUUAUGCCACCAUUGUACUUGCUCUCCCCGCUCCGGAGACUCAGGCAGUCAAUGGCCUCAUCUAUCCUUACGCAACUUAUCGAUACUGGGUUCAAACAGGCAAGACCAUCAUUGAUCCUCAGGACCAGCUCCUAAUCGUCAAAAACGGAAACCCUGCCGAUGAAACAACAACCAUUGUGACGUUCCAGUUCGACCAGAGCACCCAAGGGAAAACUUGUGAGCUCAUGUUCGAGCUCUGGGAUCGCGACGUCUCCACCGGAACCCAGACACUGGAUGUUUUCACUUAUUCUAAUCCUCCAAGACCUGUUGUGCAGCUCACAACCACUGACAUUGCUCAACUCGUCUCGGCCAAGAGCAGAGACAACCAUGCUGGUCGAAUCAUUGCUCCGAAGCCUGGCAAUGCAACUUGGAUACAGUCAUAUCAAGGUUGGCCCAAGAUACCGUGCCCAGCCGGCCAAUAUAUUGGUGUGGAAUAUGUUGGAGCAGGCGACUUUGUGGAAGUGCGCUGGGACAUUGGUGUCACGGGGCCGAGAUUCAGGGUUUUGUAA